UGGGCAGCAGCCAGCUGUUUAAAAUGCAACUGUGCGGCUGCCAAUAUCGAAUGGGCAAAACAGAUGGGAAAAAGGAAAACGAAAACGUAUACUCACGCCCGGCCUGCUUGACCAACGUAAGAAACGCGUCUGGAGGGGUCAAAGUCCAGGUCGAAGUUCAGUCACCGGCGCCCAAAGGCUCAACAGUGGAACAGGAGCAACACUUGUCCAACCUUGUGUCUGGGACGGUGCCAACUUGCUACAAUAAAAGGGUGGAAACUGACGAUCGAACAAAAACACGUCCGCACGCUCACUUUCGCCUGCAACACAGCACCUCCUCCAUCGUCACCAGACACCAGCUAGCCGUCGCCUCCACGCGCUCUGGCUCACAGCAGGACGCCAUUGCCUCCUCGCGCGUGCGGUCAUCCCCGCACGCCGUCGCCAGAUCGCGCCCCGCGAUAUGUUCAAGCGCCGGUCCAGCGCCCAACCUUGUGGGGCAAGAGUGUCCUGUCUACCGCCUCGGUUUUCAUGACGAGCAGGAGUAA